CCGUAGAUCAAAACUUGCUCGGCUCCCGCGCCAAAGACGAUCCGAUGCACACGUCGCGGAGCCCCCUCCCGCGCCUGCCCGCGACCGGCGACGCCCUCCUCCGCCUCGUGGCCUCCUGCCGCGCGCCCGCCCACCUCCCAUCCCUCCGCGCUGCGCACGCGCGCCUCCUCCUCCUGUUCCACCUCCACCCCUCCCACCCCUCCACCGCACCCGCGAUCGUCAAGCUCAUCCAGGCCUACGCCGCCUGCGCUGCGCUCUCCUCCGCGCGCGCCGUGCUCGACUCCUCCCCCGACCGCAGCACCAUCCUCUUCAACGUCCUCAUCCGUGCGCUCACGUCCGCCUCCCUCCACCGCGACGCGCUCCGGCUCUUCGCCUCCAUGCGACCGCGGGGCCCCGCCUGCGUCCCCGACCACUACACCUACCCGCUCGCGCUCAAGUCGUGCGCGGCCUCGAACGACCUCCUCCUCGGUCUCCAGAUCCACUCCGUCAUCGCCAAGCUCCGCCUCGACGCGAACCGCUACGUGGCGCACUCCGCGAUCAGCAUGUACGCGCGGUGCGGCCGCCCAGACGACGCGUACCGGGUGUUCGACGAAAUGCAGAACCGGGACGUCGUCACCUGGAACGCUAUGAUCUCUGGGUUCGCGCGAGCGGGUUUGUUCGACCGGGCUGUGGGGGUUUUCAGGGAGUUUGUGGCGCUGCAGUGUUCAAGCCCCGAUGCUGGGACCAUGGCAAGCGUGUUGCCCGCUAUGGGGAAUGCCAAGGCAGAGGAUAUUGCGUUCGUGAGGAGAGUGUUUGAUGAGAUGCAUUUUAAGGAACUUAUUUCUUGGAAUGCUAUGCUCGCUAUAUAUGCUAACAAUGAGUUUCAUGUUAAGGCCGUUGAGCUGUUCGUGAAGAUGGAAAAGGAUGGGGUCGAACCGGAUGAGGUGACUCUGGCAACUGUUCUUCCUCCAUGUGGGGAACUCUCAGCAUUUUCACUGGGAAAACGGAUCCAUGAGAUUAUCAAGAGGAAAAGGAUGCGCCCUAACUUGUUGCUUGAGAAUGCUCUCAUGGACAUGUACGCUAGUUGUGGAUGUUUGAAGGAUGCUAAGGAGGUUUUUGAUUCCAUGAGUGCACGUGAUGUAAUAUCAUGGACUUCAAUCAUAUCUGCUUAUGGCAAGCAUGGUCAGGGGAGAGAGGCCAUUGAUCUUUUUGAGAGGAUGCAAGGACAUGGUAUAGAACCGGACUCCAUUGCCUUAGUUGCUGUUCUUGCAGCAUGCAGCCAUGCUGGCCUUUUGGAUGUUGGAAAGCACUACUUUGAUUGCAUGACCAGCAGGUAUCGUAUCACUCCAAAAGCAGAGCACUAUACGUGCAUGGUAGACCUUCUCGGUCGUGCUGGAUGUAUAAGCGAGGCAUAUGACUUCAUCAUGACAAUGCCUAUUGAUCCAAAUGAAAGAGUCUGGGGAUCCUUAUUAGGAGCUUGUCGGAUUCACUCCAAUAUGGACAUUGGGCUUGUGGCAGCAGACAAUUUGUUCAGAUUGGUACCUGAACAAACGGGGUACUAUGUGCUAUUAUCGAAUAUUUAUGCUAGGGCUGGGAGAUGGGCAGAUGUUACCUUGGUGAGAGGUGUCUUGGCAAGCAAGGGUAUCAAGAAACUGCCUGGUGCUAGCAAUGUCGAGCUAGGGGAUCGGGUUCACACAUUUCAUAUCGGCGAUAGAUCUCACCCACAAUCUGAAAUGAUCUAUCAGAAAUUGGAUGAGCUAUUAGGAAGAAUCAGGGGAAUGGGCUAUAACCCAGAGGUGGAGGCUACACUUCACGAUGUUGAAGAAGAAGACAAAGAGGGUCAUCUUUCAAUUCACAGUGAGAAAUUGGCUAUUGCAUUUCUCCUUAUAAACACUAGUCCAGGGACACCUAUUAGGGUAACUAUGAAUCUCAGAACGUGUGGUGAUUGCCAUCUUGCUGCAAAGCUGAUUUCAACAAUCACCAGUAGAGAGAUUAUCCUCAAAGACACCAAUAGGAUCCACCAUAUAGUACAGGGAGUUUGCUCAUGUGGGGACUAUUGGUAAAGGAUAUAUGCUUAUCAUAUACUGC